UCCACCAUCUAAUUGUCACGCACACAUCUCUCCUCCUCUAAUAUUAUUUUUCUAUCGUAUCUGGUUAAAGUGGAUAAAAUAAGUUUCGGCGUUACCUGAAUUCGGUCAAGUGCUGCGCAGGCGCUGUUUCUUAAAAAGCAUUUGCUCCUUCGAUUUUGAAGGAUUAAACAUCGUAGGCCAUAAGCUAAUGCGAUCUGUGACUUCUAAAGACGGACCUUGAGUGAGACUUCUUAGGAUCCCCAUUGCAUUCCUGGCGAAACUGCAAAACGAAUAACGCUUAUCAAUAAUAUCAAUAUCUGUGAUGCAGCAAUUGCACUUCUCUCCUAAUUUACCAAAAACUAUCAAUAAUGCAAAGGUGCAGUGAACUGGGCAAGAAUUUAGACUAACCCAUCAGUUAUGGACCUUUGCAGCGAUGAAGAAGAUGAGAAACCAGUUGUUCGCUUUCUUGAUAAGGAGAUCCUGGACGCCGAAUCAGUUAUCUUCAAUUCCUCGCUUAUGGUCCUUGACGAGGAGCUGGGCGAGGUCAAUCUGCAGGACUAUGCUGAUCACCUCGAUGGAAAAUUGGAUGAAACGUCUUUGAGGAAGCGAAAUCUCCGUGAGGAGGAUAACACAUCUCUUAACGCCAAUAAACAGACAUCGAUAAAAGAAUUCCUGACUCCCAAAAAAUCGAAGCAAGACCAAACUGCAUCUUUUGCCUCCCGGCACUGUUUGAAAACGUAUGUCAGACGACCAAAGAUAUCAAGUAAUACAAGUGGCGAAUCAGGCGGCCAUGUACUUAGAGAACUAAACGUCACAGAUGGUACCACAUACAACAUCUCCUUCAAGGAGAAAUCAUCCGACCUCAUAGUUAUGGUUGACCAAGAAGUCGCGGCUAUCAAUGAAGAAUCCCGCGAAUUUUUUAUAAUUAAGAAUCGAAAACCGAAAACCCCAACAGAUGGGGAGCCUAACCAAAGUGAUAUCAAGAAAGAGGUAUCAAAUUCCGUCGAUUUGAUCGAGAAAGAUGAUUCACCCUGUGAUCCCUUAGCAAGCUUAGAAAUUAAUGUUCAAAGUAAGUCUCACCCAGAAGUGCCUUCUGAAAUCCAUGGAGAAGCGAAGAAAAAUAUAAACAUAUUGAUCGAAUCACCAAAGAAAGUAGGAGCCAAGGACAUUCCGCUCCUGAAGGGCAUACUUUCAACUGACCCAGAGGCUCAUAAAGAAAAUAACCCGAAUACGGGUAUAACACCAGAAGUUCCUCCCCAAUUCCCAAUAAAUGCGAACCGAUUUCGUAGUGACUUGGUUUCCUUCCCAGAGAAUAUGAUUUGGGUUCGCACUGACCUCUUCGAGGAGCAAGUGGAUCGUGCACCUGUCAAUGAGUUAUUGAACACAGCUGGCCCUUCUGAUCCUUCCAAGGCACUGAGAACUGGUGAAAAGCGAAGGUUGUCACCGCAAGCGUCAGGAGAACAGUGCGAUAGUCACGGGCAAACGAAAAGGACAGCCGUGGAUGACUAUAAUCCCACAUCAGUGGCAGCCUCUACAUAUUCACCGAAUAUUCCGAAGGACGCUGCACCAGCAUUUAAGUAUAGCUAUCAAGUAAAUACGCCAUCACCACCCGCUCCAGCCACAUCAUCCAGCUAUCCGGCGACUGUUCCCUAUAAUGCUUCUCCAGUUUCCUCGUCCCAACCCUCUGGUCUGCUGCCCACACCAGUAUUAAACGGCGGAUAUUCACGGGCUAUCUCUUCUACUGUAAUCAACUCCCGCUAUCCAGUGGAUCCGCGACCAGCCAAUUCGUAUUGGCGCCCUCCAGCUAAUCCGGUGGUUACUCCGGCCAGUACCACGCCCAUUUAUCAGUCAACUCGACCACCAGCUCCGACCACCAGCUCCAGUUACCAAAGACAAAACCCUGUGCGUGCUGUAUGGGCUAGUGAUUAUCAAACAAAAUUGCCAAAAAUUCCAUUACUAGAGACGCCAACAAAUAUUCCCGGGCGUCCUGUUCCCUCAGCUGCAAUUGCGCCUACAGGAUGCAAUCCUCGCACCGACUUGACCAACAUCAUGGGCAUGCUAGAACAGGUGAAGAUGUUUGCCUACGGUCAAGAAAAUACGGAGGCUUUCCACCUAGUCAACCAGCUACGCCACAGUCUUCAGACGGGAGGCGCACCUCCAACAUUCCAAGCUCCCCGGCGAAAUGUUUGAGUAUUGAACCACAUUGCAAACGACGACCUCAUCUCGAAUAUUUGUUUCUUGCCUAGGUUUAGGCCUUUGUUAAAUACGCAAUUAUCUUUUGAUAGAAAAUAUCAAUAAAAUCAUAGUAAUACAAUAUUACGAAUUCUGGCAGCUGAAAA